AUGACGACUGAAAUCGGAAUCGAAUUGCGCGAGAGAACGAGAAUACUGGUCAUUCUGGUUUCCGCUUCACUCCCGUUUGCAGGUGGCGGAUCGACAAAACAAGACACUGGGUUGAGUGCGAUAAUUAAAGAUUCGAAUGUAACCAAGGAGUCGUGGAGCACAUCAGUGGAAUCUGGGAAGUCUAGAAUAAAAUCCAGAAUAACAUCACAGAGGUACGAUUCAUGCACGAUUCAAGGUGGAUGCAGCACAGGAACCUUGGGGAUCGAGCAGAGACCCUACCCAGACAUCUUUGUAUCUCCAAACGAAGAACCUUACACUGGAAGCUUCGACACCAAAGUCUACAGCAGUAGCAGCAGACAGUUCCACUCUCAAGACUUGCCUUAUACUCCAAUACAGCUGGAACUCCCCAAUGGGCCUACAACCACUACUACUACAGUUGAAGUACAAAUACAUAGUGUAGUGCUAAAAGUGAAGCACGUAUUUCCGAACGACGAAAUCAAACUACAACUGAUGCAACCCAUCAAAAAUGAUACACCUAUACUGAUUCCAUUCAGGAAAUGGGACCUCAGCCAAUUGCCUGCUCUUACAAACGGCGCAAAAAGUGAAAUUUGGGCAGUCAAAACGAGCGCUUCGGUGGAACGUCCUCGGUACGUUAUUGUGUGCUUCCAGAAAGCUAAACGUGACAAUGCAGAAGCUGAUGCUACCCACUUUGAUAACACGAGCAUAGUUAGUAUCAGAUUAGCCCUUAAUGGUGAAUAUUGGCCUAAUGAGAGAAUGCAGCUGGAUUUCGCUAAACAAGACUACACCCUUGCUUACUACAACUAUACCAGGUUCUAUUCGAGCUAUUCACAUUCGAUGGAGGUUCACCCAAUCUUGGAUUAUGGGGAAUUCAAACAGCAUGCAUUAUUUGUGAUUGAUUGCUCGAGGCAGGAAGAGACCAUGAAAUCAUCGACAGUUGAUAUAAAGCUUGAAAUCGAAGCCGAUAAAGGAUUCCCUGCUGACACCAAAGCCUAUUGCAUCAUCGUACAUGACUGUCUGCUAGAGUACUUCCCUCUAACGGAAGUCGUCAGAACCUUGAUUUGA